AUGACUGUGGAUGGGGUUGUGGAGGGGUUUGUUCCCCAGAAGGAGAUCGUUUAUAAUGGCCUGUUGCCUUACUGUGACCGCUUGGACCGGGAGGCUGCGGAGCUGCUGGCGGAGAUCAAAGCCAACCUGAGCAGGGCGGUUCUUCUCAGGGAGCUGUGGCCCGGAGUCGCGUUCUGGUCCAGGAAACUCUUCUCUUUUCUGAAGCUCUAUGGCCGGAGGUUCAGCAAAGAGGACCACAUUCUCUUCAUCAAUCUACUCUAUGAGUUGGUCACGCUGCCGAACCUGGAGCCCCACAUGAUGUGCAGCUAUGCCAGACUGCUCAUUCAGCUUCUCAAGAAGAAGGAGUUGCUGUCAAGAGAUGACCUUCAGCUACCAUGGAGGCCCCUCUACGAGCUGUACGAGAGACUCAUCUACUCAAAAACGGAGCACCUGGGUCUUGUCUGGUUCCCAAACUCAGUGGACCACAUAUUGAAGGCUUUGAUCAAAAGCUGCAGACUGUAUUUCCCAGCAUCCUCAACCAAGGAGAUGCUGGAUGAGUGGCGCCCCCUGCUGUGCGUGUUUGACGUGGUCAUGCAGAAAGCAAUCAGCAACAUGGAGCUGUUUCUGCCCACCAUCAUGCCCCCGGAGGAACACAGCCAGGGCUUCCAGUUGUGGUUUGAUGAGUUAAUGAAUCUGUGGAUGUCGGUGCAAAAUCAGCCGACCUGGGAAGGGCACCUAGUGAACCUGUUUGCUCGGCUUGCCAACGACAACAUCGGCUAUGUGGACUGGACUCCUUAUAUUCCCACAAUCUUUACCAGAAUCUUGCGAAGUUUAAACCUUCCAGUUGGGGUCAGUCAGAUGGUGGCACCGAGAUAUCUCAUCAACUCCUACGACAUUGGAUACUUGGUUUUAUGGAUCACGGCACUGCUGGGCGGACCAGGAAAUCCUGCACAGAAAGAAUUGACCUGCCUCUUCAACAGCAUUGCCUCCUUCUUCCACCCUUCCAACCAUGGUCGCUGGCAGUCUCGAUUGAUGAGGCUGCUGCAGCGACUGCCAGCUAGCGUCGUACGCCGCGUGCAUCGGGAACGCUACGCUGGAUCCAGCUGGAUCACUCUGGUGCCCGAGUGUCAAAAACUGACAGAUGCAGACCUGCAAGAGUUCACCCGCAGCCUCACCGGCGCCGCCCUCUUGGCCAUGUUCAGCAAAACCGGCAGCACAGAUGCAGCCUAUGCUCUCCAGAACCUGGCUCUCCUCACACCACAACUCGUCAUACCACCAGUCCUUGAAAAGACCUAUGCAGCGAUGGAGACCCUGACGGAGCCACACACCCUCACCGCCACCCUCAGCUGCAUGAUCGGCAUGGCGCGCAGCCUGGUUUCCCCUGACAACCGCUACCCAGAGGGCCGUGCUCACGUGCUCCCAUUGCUCAUGGGUUCUCUCCCGGGGGUGGACCCCAACGACUUCAGCAAGUGCAUGAUAACGUUCCAGUUCAUCACCACCUUCACCACCUUGGUGCCUUUAGUGGACUGCUCAUCUGCUCCUUUUCGACAGAUGGAUCUCACCGAGAUUGAAAAAGAUCUUUGCUUUGCCUCAGCCGGCUUUGAAGACUUCGUGCUGCAGUUCCUGGACAGAUGCUUUGCGCUCAUAGACAGCAGCACUCUGGAGCAGACGAGAGAUGAGACGGAGACGGAUACCCAGACUCAUUUGGAGAGCCUGGUGGAGCUGGGACUGUCUUCCACCGUUAGUACGAUCCUAACACAGUGCUCCACAGAAAUCUAUAAGGUUGCGUUGCAGAAGCUGUACAACUUCGCCACCUCCAGCAUCUUUGAGACAUGUGUGUCAGGCAGAAUGGUGGCUGACAUGUGCAGGGCUGCAGCAAAGUGUCAUCCUGCUGAGUCUCUCCGUCUGUUCGUCCCUCACUGCUGCAGCAUCAUCUCGCUCAUUACUGACAAUGUGGAGUUGCAGAACGAAGAUGAGCUGGAUAAGGAGCUGUUGUGGAAUCUCCAGCUGCUUUCAGAGGUAAUCCGUGUGGAUGGCGAACAGCUGCUAAAAUACCAAGGGGAGCUGGAGCGCAUCCUGCGCGUGUGUGUGCAUCUUCGCUGUAAGCAGGCCUACACACUUGCUUGCAGUUUGCUGGAGCACACACUCCGCUCGCUGUCUCUCAUCUAUCCCACCGAGUACCGCAGCACCUCUGGGGGCUUCGAUAUCGACCUCCCCAUCCAGGACUGGGGCCGAGCCGGAGAUGUGGCAGCUUUGGGUGUGUGUUGGCAUGUGCCGUGCCAGCAGGAGGAAAACUUUGUUUUCCAGCUGCUGUCGUCGCUCCUGCAUCCCCAGCUGCAGCGAAUCAAAGGCCACGCGUCUGGAGAUCAGCCAAUGACCAGGGAGGAGUUGUGGCAGAGCUUAGCGAUUGUGCAGCACUGCCUUCUUGGAGCUGGGAGCAUGCUGCCCCCAUUGGAUGGCGCGCACAUCCCUGACUUGGUGCCCUCCAUGGUGAAUCUGGUUGAGAUCAAACUGCACGUAGGUGUCGACUAUGAUGAUUCAUGGGAAAACUACAGAGUGUCCAUCUGCCAGACCAUGAGACUGCUGCUUCAUCACAUCCUGGAGCACUCAGAAGAUGAUACAAAAUCCCUUUUUGUCAUCAUUAAGAUCGUCAGUGACCUCAUGUUUUUCUGCGGCACACACAAGAAGGAGUUUGACUCACGCUGGAAAAGCUUCUCUCUUGUCAAGAAGUCAAUGGAAAACAGGCUUCUUGGGAAAAAGCAGCACAUCAGAGCACUGCUCAUCGAUCGGGUUCUGCUCCAGCAUGAGAUGAGAAAACUGGUGGUUGAGGGCAGUGAAUACAAAGUGGUUCAUCAGGAGCUGCUCUGUGAUCUGCUGCUGCUUUCUACCAGCACGUACAGCCAGGUACGUAGCAGAGCGCAGAGCGUGCUGAUGACAGCGAUGGGAACCUAUAGCUUCUCUUAUAGAGACAUGAUUCCCCGUAUGUUACAACUGCUGUCUCCACAGAACACCGCGGGCACGGAGCAGCAGUUCAAGGGUAGUCUGUACUGUCUCUUGGGUGCUCCCAGUGGUUUCUGUCCAGCAACCACACGGGACUGGGAUUGUGUCGGGGAAGUGUGGCCCGCUCUGGUCCGAUGCGGACUAUCACACUCGGUGACCCUGGAGAAGCCCUCCAUUGGUCGACUGUUUGAUGACAUCAUUGAUAGGAUUCAUCGCCUUCACGACACCAUUGGAAUCUACUUCACUGUGUCAGAGAGAUGUGUUGAGAUCGCCAACCAAAUUGCACAAUCUAAAAAUCCAACACCUUGUUUGAAGCCCCCGUCCAAAGAAGAAAUAAAAGAAGGAAUUCAGCGGCAGCGAAUCAGAAAUGUUGUUGCUGCAAGGAAAUAUGAGAAGCUAGUCAAUGACCUGUUGGAUUGCCUUGAAGACAGAGACCUACCCUGGAAGUUUGAGCACAUGGCCACAGACCUGCUGGCUCUUCUUCUGCGAGACGAUCAUCCUCUUCCACCUGAUGCUGUCCUCUACUUCACACAAACCCUUGUUCAUGACUCCAUUAGCAUACGCAAGGUCUCAAUCUCAGCCAUGGCAGGAAUCCUGAAACAGCUGAAGAGGCCGAGAAAGAAAGUGACUGUUAAGCCUUCGGAUAUCAGUGGGAUCAAGGAUCCAGAGGGGAUUUGUGUUGGGGAUCGUGAGGGAAACUGCUGGCUGCAGUAUGACAGCAGCAACCUGCCUCUGAGCCAGGAGCAGUGGGACUCUCUGCAGUACGUGGAGAAAACUCACUGGGGCUACUACUCCUGGCCGAGAGAAAUGAUGAUCUAUGCAUCUUCCGAAAAGCCACAAGAUGACCUGCCAUACGAGGAGAUGAGUGAGGGCGAGAAGAUCAUCUUUGAGUACUUCUCGGACCCUGAUUUCAUGGACCAGUUGAUAGAGUUUCUGUCUCUGGAGGAGCGGAAAGGGAAGGACAGCUUCAACCCGCGCCGCUUCUGCCUCUUCAAGGGGCUGUUCCGUAACUAUGGCAACGCGUUCUUGCCAGUGUUGUGGCCUCAUCUGGAGCAACUCGCCAGCAACCCCCAUGAGAGCUCCCAGCGCUGCUUGUGCGAGAUUACGGCCGGACUAAUCAGAGGCAGCAAACACUGGAGCUUCAGCAAGGUGGACAGGUUAUGGCAGCUACUUUGCCCUUUGAUCAGGACAGCGCUGAACAACAUCACUGUGGAAACCUACACAGACUGGGGCACAUGCAUCGCCACAGCCUGUGAGGGCAGAGACCCCAGGAAACUCCACUGGCUGUUAGAGCUGCUGAUGGAGAGCCCCUUGAGCGGGGAGGGCGGCUCCUUCAGGGACGCCAGUUUGCUGUAUGUGCUUCAAGGAGGUCUCGCCCAGCAACAGUGGAGGGUUUCUGAACUGCUGCACCGCCUGCUGGCUUACCUGGAGCCCAAACUCACCCAGGUGUAUAAAAACGUCAGGGAGCGGAUAGGAAGUGUGCUGACCUAUAUCUUCAUGAUAGACGUGGCGCUGCCCCACACCAGGCCCACCUCUUCCCCCCAUGUGGCAGAAUUCGUCACUCGGGUCCUGGAGCGGCUCAAGCCCCUCACGUCGGAGCCGGAGAUCCACAACCACGUCCACGAGGAGAACACCCAGGAGACGGACGAGCGCACCCAGGCUGUCAAGCUGCUCAAAACGGUGUUGAAGUGGUUGAUGGCGAGCGCAGGGCGAACCUUCACCACUCCUGUUCAGCAGCAACUACAGCUCCUGCCUGUGCUUUUCAAGAUUGCCCCAGUAGAGAUUGAUGAGAGCUAUGAUGAGAUGAAGCAGGAUGCGCGCACGUGUCUCUCUCUCAUGUCCCAGGGCCUGCUCUAUCCGGAGCACAUCCCUCUGGUUUUGGCAGCACUGGAGGAGAUGGCGGCCAGCAGAUCGUGGCACGCUCGCUUCUCAGUACUGACCUACCUCCAGAUCACAGUCUUCUACAAUCUGUUCACUCUGCUCAGUUUGCCCGCUGAGGUUCUGCGCAUCCGAAAGCUGGUGAUGCAGCUGCUCCUGGAUGAACAGCUUGAGGUGAGGGACAUGGCCUGCACCACCCUCAGUGGUUUACUGCAGUGCCAGUUCUUCCCUCUGGACUCCUGUCUGCAGACACAGCUCCAGACGCUGAGUCAGACUUCCCUCCCCAAGGCCAGAGGAGAGCUGGCCUCCAUGGACUUGGUGCGGCGCCACGCCGGAGUGCUCGGUCUGAGCGCGUGCAUCCUGUCGAGCCCCUACGACGUCCCACAGUGGAUGCCGCAGAUCCUGAUGGAGCUGAGCGACCAUCUCAACGACCCGCAGCCUAUAGAGAUGACGGUGAAGAAGACCCUUUCAGAGUUCAGGCGCACUCACCACGACAACUGGCAGGAGCAUCGGCAGUGCUUCACCGACGACCAGCUUCUGGUGCUCACCAACCUGCUGGUGUCGCCCUGUUACUACGCCUAGACGUCCGCCUACCGCCCCCCCACGGAAAAAUAAUCCCACCUUUAAGUACUGCUGGGGGCUUCUGUCUGCGAUGAUAAACACUCAUCAUUCCGGGGAGGAGAUCUCUGUCUGGACCCUCACGUGCCGCUGCUGGCCUUUAGGCGGAAAGCAGCUGGGGACAGAGAGGUUUUCAGUUAGCAUGCUGCUCAGUGGGGUUUGUUUUGCACGCCGAGGCGGCCGUGGCGAUGAUAAAGGUGUGUUUUCAGUCUCCUGCAGCUCUGAUCUACACAGAGACUCCAAAUUUUCUUCUUCUUCUUCUUCUUUAUCGCACCGUCACCUUGAAGGAGGUUUCUGAAUAAAAUCUGUAAGGUAAAAUUCUCUAGUCAUCCUGUGAAAUAUUCAGUUAAUUAUUAAGAAAAGUUAACAUAUUGAUGUCUACUUUUGUAUUUAUUUCAGGAAAAUAAAUUGAUUUAACUGCAAUUAACUGAGAAAUAAAAAUUAACCUUCCUAAAAAGAUAAAAAAAGUGCCGUUUAGCCAAGAAAAAAGUUAGGACACUCAAACCCUGGCAGCUGGUGUUGCCUUCUUUGAAUGAAAUAACUCAAUAACAUCAAUAGCCUGUAGACAUCUAAACUUAUCAUUAUCAGCUCUGAGAUGUUUGAGGGUUUCCUCCAUGUUCAGGUUACUCCAAAGUAUCCCAUUGAGAUCCAGGUCUUUGCUUUGACUCGGCCUAUGAUGGAUGUAUUGGUAUGUUUUGGGCUCAAGAUUUCUUCAAGCCCCUUCUCACAGAUGAUAGCUUUCAUUAUGCAUUCUGUGAUGGUGAAAAUGGGAAGGUCUUGCUGCAGCAACGCACUCCUAAACCAUGACACUACCCCUUCUAUGCUUCUUUGUUAGUUUCCCAAACAUGUUCAAAAUAACUCCGUUUUAAACUCCAAAGUUCAGGGCUUUUGCCUCUCUGAAAAACUGGCCUUUGUGUUUUUUUCUUUUUCAUGUUCAAUCUAACUUAAACAAUCAGUAGGACACAACAUUAACUCGAUGUUUCAACAAGGUACACCUUUGUGUACAGCUGAUGUGCAGCUGAUUUAGUGUAUAUGUUUCCAGUGUGAAUACAUGUGGGGGUAUAGAAUGAAUACUGCCUUCUAACAUUUUAAACCUACACACUAAAUUUUUAUUUUUUUUGUAGCUAACGGCUAGAGACGCACCUCUGGCCAUGCCAGACGCACUGGUGUCACGUGAUCAAAAGACCGUAAUUGAUUGGCUAAAAGCCCUCGACUCUUGUCUAGUGCUGAUUGUUUUGGUUUGGGUCAUCAAAAGGCCAUCACAUUUACAGGCGAGGUUAUGAAAGUGAUUUUUAUUUCUUUUUUUCUUUUUUUUUUUUUUUUGCUGGUGAAUUUAAAGUAAAUACAUUGAAAAAAAAUCAUGUACAUAAAAAAUCGUGCAUAAUUGCAUGUGAUGGAAAAAAACCUCAACAUUAUAAAUUAAAUGUCUAAAAAAAAAUAAAAUCUUAUUCCAAUGAGACUAUAUUUGUUUGUAUGAAGGUGUCCUAAUUUAUUCCUCUCCAGAAUUUAAGAUUUUUCAAAACAUUUGAAAGAGGAUUUAUUUAGUAAUUGUUUUUCCAGACAUUUUCAGUAUGUUUUUAAGUUAAUAAUAAAUAUUGUGUCCAAAUACGGUGGAAAAACAUACAGAUGCCCUAAUCUGUUUAUAUAUAUAUAUAUACACGUACAUUUGUUUAUUUAUUUAUUUAUUUAUUAGUAAUAAUGCGAGCCUAUUGGUAUCAAUAUAUCAGUAUAAUAUAAAAUCAUGUAUGUGAUAUGUAAA